AUGGCUUCUCCAUUGAAAGGCAUCAAAGUCAUUGAAUUGGCUGGUCUAGCUCCAGGCCCAUUCGCUGGUCUCCUCUUAGCCGACUAUGGCGCCUCUGUACUCCGCAUAGACAGACCAGGAAGCGUGAGCGCAGACCAGCUAACAAGAAACAAAACGUCAAUCACACUCGACCUGCGCGAUGUAAACUCGCGGAGCGUGCUCAUCCGACUGCUUACCGCAGCAGAUGUGCUAAUCGACCCAUUCCGACCAGGUGUUCUCGAGCGCCUCGGUCUCUCUCCAACAGAAGUUCUCCUGAAGCACAACCCGCGAUUGAUAGUCGCGCGCAUGACGGGCUUCCGACGCGAUGGGAAGUACAAAGACAUGGCGGGCCACGACAUAAACUACAUCGCUGUAUCGGGCGUACUAUCAAUGCUCGGACGCGCCGGCGAAAAGCCCUACGCACCAGGAAACAUCCUAGGCGACUUCGCCGGUGGCGGAGCCGUCUGCUUCCAGGGUAUUCUGCUAGCACUCAUCUCCCGCUCGCACACUGGCCGCGGGCAAGUGGUCGAAGCCAACAUGGUCGACGGCUCAGCCUACCUAGCAACAUUCCCCCGACUUGCGCGUCAGACUCCAGCCUGGGGCGCGCCGCGAGGCCAGAACCUGCUGGAUAGUGGGUGCCCCUACUAUGAUACAUACGAGACCAAAGAUGCCGGCAAAUAUUUCGCAGUCGGGGCAUUGGAGCCACAGUUUUACGCGGCGCUGCUGCGUGGACUAAAUCUCGAUCCGAAGAAGACUCCUAAGCGUGAAGAUCGCGCUAAUUGGCCUGCCCUACGGGAUAUCUUCACUCGUCGGUUCAAGGACAAGACCCGCGCUGAGUGGGAGGUCAUCUUCGACGGUACGGAUGCCUGUGCAACUCCCGUGCUGGAACAGGAUGAACUCGAAGCAUCAGGCUACGAGCAGCGCCCCAUUGUCCACCUGGCGAGCACGCCUGCAGCCCCGAUCCAAGCCGAUCAGGGUGGGUGGAGCGGCGGGAUUCUUGUACCCGGUGAUGGAGGCGCGGAGACUCUUAGGGUGUGGAUGGGGUGGGAGCAAGACAAGGACUUCACCGUUCGACAGGAUGGGGCGUUAUUACCGGCGAAUGGCAGGACUAAACUGUAA